UUGAACGCGCGCAAGCACGUGCAGAUUUGUUGAUCAACAUUGCAAAAGCGCGCGCCGUGCCAUGCCUCUAGCUAGCUAAAUGGAUUAGAGUUAGCUAGCUAGCAACAUAAAGGGCGAGCACGAAGGCGUGAUCUCGGCCUCACAGUUUCGGACAAGCUUUUCCAGAGAGUACCGAUACAACUUGUUGAACUUAUGAAACCAUGUUUGGCUCAAGGGAAAGGCUUGAAGCUCGCACACCAGUCGAUGGGAUUGGUAGAUUACAGCAUUUACAAAACUUGGUGACCGAGUUUCAACAAACACAAGACGAUGGUUGUAGAGAGCAAGUGCUGGCAAAUUUGGCCAACUUUGCCUAUGACCCCUUGAACUAUGAACAUAUCAGACAGUUGAAUGUGAUGGAUCUAUUCCUAGAUACCUUGAGUGAACCAUCAGAAAAGCUUGUCGAGUUUGGUAUCGGCGGACUCUGCAAUCUUGCUCUAGAUAAGGAGAACAAGGCUCAUAUUCUAGCAAACGAUGGUGUUUCUCUUGUAAAAGAUUGCUUGUCAAGUCCUAAUGAAGAGACUGUACUGUCGGCCAUCACUACUCUAAUGUACCUCAUGACACCAGCUUCUAAAGAAGAAAUCACAGCACCCUCUAUUGUUGAGUGCAUGCAGAGGUUUACAGGGUCAAGCAGCAAGAGAACGAGUAACCUAGCCAACGUCUUUCUCCAGGAUUACUGUACACCAGAUCAACGCCUCAAGGCACAGUCACUGUUGUCACCCACAAGUUCAGUAGUUGGGAUACCGUUACCACCCGAACCCCAGCAGGAGCCAAGAUGACGAGAUAUUCCUGAUCUUGGAAAACCUCUUGUAACUUUUUGACCACCGUACUGCAGAACAACAUCUUCAGCCGCAGAUGACAUCAUCACAAACAAGUCCAGUAGUGGGAAGCCCUCUGCUACCCACAUCCCGGCAGGAGCAAUCAUGACGGGCCAAUGCUUGAAGAUCUUGGAAAACCUCUGGGACCUUCAGGACUGCAGAACUCCUGAGCAACCUCUUCAGGCCUACCCUCUGUCAUCACUCUUAAUUUCAGUGGUUUGGAUUCCGUCACCACCUGAAACCCAGCAGGAGCUUGCAUGACAGGCCAAUGCGUAUAGAUCUUGGGAAGCGUCCGUUUUGAUUCUCAGUCACAUGGGCUACGUUGGUCACAUGAUGCCGAGGAUACCAAUGUUGAUGCAAGAUGAAACAGUGCCAUGGCUAAGGGACAUGUAGGGGGGGGGGCAUUACCCCUCCCAAUCAAAUGGCAAAGAAAGAACAAUUGAAGAGGAAGAGAAAGAGAGAGGAGGAAGGCACAUGGAGAGAGAGAGAGAGAGAGGACUAUAAUGUGAUAACUUGUUUGCAGUGGUUAGAAUCCCAAUCGUUUGGAAGUUAUGUAUUUAUUGAAAAUUAAAAUUGUUUAACACAAA